GCAGGCGCCGAAUUUGGAAAGUUCCUGAAUGUUUUUCUCAGGUUCACACUCCAUGACACGAACACAUUUCAGGGUUAAUGUUAAAAUUUUAACACCUGUUUAAUCUACUAACUCGGUCGCUGCUUUUUGUUUUAGUUCUGUUGAAGCAGUUUUAACGCGAUAUUUCUUCUUCACUUACUUUACUUGCUGAUAUCUGACAGGAAAACUCAGUUGUUUUGAAGCCAUGGCCUGUUUACAGAGGCGCGCGCGGGUGCAUGAGUUGUGUGUGUGUCAGUGAUGAUCUCCGUGGGCAGGUCGGUGUGUGUGUGGGCAGAUCUCGGGAUUCGUCGCUCCUUAUCCAUCAGUAUGAUCAGAAGAACUCAGAUUAAGAAGGUGCUUUGCGUCGCGGAGAAAAACGAUGCGGCUAAAGGCAUCGCGGAGAUCAUGUCGAGUGGCAGGUCGAGGAGAAAAGAAGGAUAUUCAGUCUACAACAAGAUCUAUGAGUAUGAAUAUAAUCUGUUUGGACAGAAUGUCACUGUCUGUAUGACGUCUGUGUCAGGACACCUUUUAGCCCUUGAGUUCAAAGCACCUUUUCAGAAAUGGCACAGCUGUAAUCCAGUCUUGCUGUUCGAUGCAGAAGUGGAAAAGUAUUGCCCUGAAAACUUUGUAUCAAUUAAGAGGACCUUGGAGAGAGAGGCCAGGCAGUGUCAAGCUCUGGUCAUCUGGACUGAUUGUGAUCGCGAAGGAGAAAACAUCGGAUACGAGAUAAUUGAUGUCUGCAAAGCUGUCAAGCAGAACAUUCAGGUGUUUCGUGCUCGGUUCUCUGAGAUUACUCCUAAUUCCAUUAGGAGAGCCUGCGAGACUCUGACUGAGCCGGACGUUAACGUCAGCGAUGCUGUGGAUGUCAGACAGGAGCUCGAUCUCCGUAUCGGAGCUGCGUUUACAAGGUUCCAGACUUUACGGCUGCAAAAAAUCUUCCCAGAGUCUCUGUCUAAUCAGCUGAUCAGUUACGGGAGCUGUCAGUUUCCGACCCUGGGCUUCGUGGUGGAGAGGUUUAAAGCCAUUCAAGCGUUCAUCCCUGAAAACUUCUUUAAAAUUAAAGUGGUUCAUGAGCCUAACGAGGAGGAAUCUGUGGAGUUCAGCUGGAAAAGACAUCGACUGUUCAACCACACGGCUUGUCUCGUGCUUUACCACAUCUGCAUGGAGGAUCCCAUGGCGAGAGUGAUGUCUGUAACAAGUAAACCAAAAAGCAAAUGGCGUCCGUUACCCCUUGACACAGUGGAACUAGAAAAACUAGCUUCGAGGAAGUUGAAGAUAAGCGCUAAAGAAACCAUGAAAAUAGCCGAGAAGCUGUACACACAAGGGUUCAUCAGUUACCCUCGUACCGAGACCAACAUGUUUCCGAAAAACCUGAACCUGAUCCCGCUUGUGGAGCAGCAGACUCAGGACAACCAAUGGGGGGCUUUCGCUCAAGGCAUUUUGGAAAGCGGUGGGCCGACACCUCGAAAUGGAAACAAAUCAGACCAGGCCCAUCCUCCCAUUCACCCUACCAAGUACACAAGCAGUCUCCAGGGAAAUGAGAAACGUUUGUACGAGUUUAUCGUUCGUCACUUCCUGGCCUGUUGCUCCAAGGAUGCGCAGGGUCAGGAGGUGAUUGUAGAAAUCGACAUCGCUGAAGAGAAAUUCUCUGCAAGUGGACUGACCAUUAUUGCUCGGAACUAUCUCGAGGUUUACCCAUAUGAAAAGUGGUACAAUAAGGUUAUUCCCUUAUAUACACCCGAAACAACAUUCCAGCCAACCGCUAUUGAGAUGGUGGAAGGACAGACCAGCCCACCUCAGCUCCUCACCGAGGCUGACUUGAUCUCUUUAAUGGAGAAGCAUGGCAUCGGCACAGACGCAACACACGCCGAACACAUUGAGACCAUCAAGAGCCGCAUGUAUGUGGGCCUGACGGAUGAUCAGAGGUUCCUUCCUGGGGAGCUCGGGAUGGGUCUCGUUGAAGGGUACAACUCUAUGGGCUAUGAAAUGUCCAAGCCGGACCUGAGGGCAGAGCUGGAGGCGGAUCUGAAGCUUGUGUCUGAAGGCCGGAAGGACAAGACAUCUGUCCUCAGACACCAUGUGUCAAAGUACAAGACAGUUUUUAUAGAAUCUGCCAGAAAGGCAAAGAAGUUGGAUGAGGCUCUGUCCAAUUAUUUAGGCCAGGCCCAGGAGUAUACAGAGCAAGAAGAACAGGAGUUAGAGAUGCCGCUACCGGUGCGGAAGUGUCCGCAGUGCAGCCGAGACAUGGUCCUGAAAAAGAAGAAGGAGAGCACAGGGAAGUUUCUUUCAUGCAUGGGCUACCCGAGCUGUAAGGCAGCAGUAUGGUUUCCAGACACGGUGCUGGAGGUCAGCAGAGACGACAGCAUCUGUCCCACAUGUCGCCCACAUCCUGUCAACAUGCUGAAGUUCAAGUUCAAAAGGGGAAGUCUACCACCAGGGAUGCCUCUUGAGUUUGUUGGGUGUGUUGGUGGCUGUGAUGAGACUCUGAGAGAAGUCCUGAAUUUGAAGUAUCUCCGAAGUGGAGGAGGAGGAGGAGGAGAUUCCAGCACUCGAGUUAAUCACAUUUCAGCGUCACGCCAGUCGAGUUAUGCAGUAACCAAUCCAGCACUUCAGUCCACGUCUGAAAGCACACCACUGCCUCCGAGACCAAGAGCAGACACUCGUAGACCUACUCCUCCUAACACCACACCAGCCUGGUCCAUACAGGCGUCACAGUCCACCCAUAACAAUGUUGUGUGUAACUGCGGCCAGGAUGCGCUUCUCCUCACCGUGCGUAAAGAGGGCCCCAACCAAGGCCGUCAGUUCUACAAGUGCAACACAGGGAACUGUAAUUUCUUCCUGUGGGCCGAAGAGCCGAACGAGCAGCGCGGGUCGGCAGGGAGGAGCGGGUCGUUGGGACACCCGCGCCCCAGCUCUCAACCGCCCAGGCCUUCUCUUGGCUUUGGAAAUACACCACAACAGAGGCAGGGGAGCAGAGGAUCUGGGGGAGGUGGAGAGGAUUGUAUGUGUAACUGUAAUGUACCUGCAGUCACAAGGACCGUCAUGAAAGAGGGGCCGAACAAGGGCAGAGCGUUCCUCACCUGCAGCCAACCGAGGGAACAGCAGUGUGGCUUCUUUCAGUGGGUGGAUGAGAACGUUGCUCCGGCUGCUCUAGGAAAUGCACGAGAAAACAACAGCAAAUGGACUGCCAGGAAGAAGAACGAGGCCUCUUCAAACAAGGCUUCUGCCCCUAAAAGGCAGAGGAAUUGUGGAAUUUGCCAUCAGCCGGGCCAUACGCGUGCCACCUGUCCUCAGGGCCGGUGAGACGGCAGCAAAUGGAGCUGACUGAAGAUAAUUGUCUAUGUAUAGUUUUGUUUUGUUUUUUCAGAGUAAGUUUUUGUGUUAUUUGUAAUAUUUUAAAAUC